AUUCCUGUUUAUCUCUGUGAUCUGAACAGUUCGUAUUAAAGAUCUUGUAAAGAAAAAAUAACAGGUGUACGAUUAUGUGAAUCAAAUACUUAUUGAUAUAUGAUCGCAGACAAUUUGAGUGAAUUUGUUUUUGCGAAAAUGGGCUUGGCCGCACUGAAUUUUUUAGAACCUCGCGUAUGAAGGUGCGAGUUCCUUUGAAACGACGUCGCAGGGAAACUCCAAUGCGAAUCCGUCAAAUUGUGAUCUCAUCCCGAUUUAUCUCUCCGAUCUAAAGCGUUCAUGUUCUAGAGCUCGUUGAGAAGAUAUAUAGAGUUGAAGAUCAUAUUGAUCGAGCACCAAUCGAUGCAUAAUCGGAGAUGAUUUGUGUGAAAUUGUUUAUGCGAAAAUAGAUUUGGCCACGCUGUAUCGAACCCGUUUUAUCGAAGAGAAUAUAAAUUCAUUACGAGGGAGCAUCGGACACAAGCCAUUGAAUUCUGUAAAAACAGUCUGAAAAUCCAGCACGCGAGAAGCCAAUGGUUGUCGUCAAUCCCUUCUCCAAGGAGAUGGCCAUUCGCAAAAGAAUCGCCAGCAUAUUUAAUAAAAGAGAGGAGGAUUUCCCAUCAUUGAGAGAGUACAAUGAUUACUUAGAGGAAGUGGAAGAUAUGACGUUCAAUUUGAUUGAAGGAAUAGAUGUUCCUGCUAUUGAGGCAAAAAUUGCACAAUACCAGAAAGAAAAUGCUGAACAAAUAAUUAAUGCUCAAGCCCGCAAGGCUGAAGAAUAUGCUGCAGCUUUAGCCGCAAGCAAGGGACACCAUGAUAGUGAUCCAGUGAGAAAAUUACGUACCACGAGCCAGAGCUUUCAAGGAGGUGUCGGUGCAGGUGCGCAAGGUUAUUAUGCCCCCGCGGUUGCAGGGGGGGCAAUUGGGCAGCCACGGCCAACAGGCAUGGCUCCACAGCCCAUUCCUAUUGGAUUGAACCCGGACAUGGAUGCCUACAAUUACGACAAUGAAGAAAUGACGAGACUCAGAGCAGAGAGAGGUGGAAGGGCGGGAGGGUGGAGCUUGGAAUUGAGCAGGAAACGGGCACUCGAAGAAGCCUUCUGUAGCAUUUGGAUUUGAGUGGAUUCUAUACUCUAGUUCAUAUGCUGCUUGGCUUUCUCCUUCAGAUGAGAAGGUGACAUUUUGGUCAGAUUUCGAUAAGUAUAGCAGUGGAAAUUCGUUUAUGUUUUGGAUGGUUAUCAAUUAUUGUCAUGACCAUAGCCACAGAAAUAAAAAGGCGACAGUCUGUGUAAUGCUACAUAACCAUGUGUCAGUUGCAUUUGGAUUUUUUUUCUGGGCAAACAAAAUGGAUAUGCAAUUAGGCCUCUCAUUGUACCCAUCUGGAAGUAUUAUCCUCAGCAUCACACAAUCAUCAACAGAAGACCCCACUACACCUACAAGGGGACCGAAGUUUAGGUUCCACUAGGUGCUGUGAGCCAAAAGACUAGAUUUUAACCCUACCAAGCUGCUACGAAGACUUGAAUCCAAGCAUUGAUCGAAGAAAUCCAAGUAUUGAUGUACGGAAUGGGGUUGUAGCACUUGAAUUUGACUGGUUAUCUAGUUCACAUGCUGCAUGGUGGCUUGCUCCUUGAGAUGAGAAGGUGGAUUUUUUUUUUGUUACGUUCUUAAAUGACGUUAGAUAUAACUAGGUAAAUGAAUUUACACUUUGUAUGAUUACUACUUAUUUCUUAUGGGCUGUUAUGUAAACACAAAUAAAUGAAAGAAAAGCCUUCACAA